AUGAACCCCGGACCGGUCUCUUCCAGUCCGGCUCCAGGGUCAGCUUCCUCUUCCACUUCGGGGCCCACCAUCGGGGUUCCAGAGCGGAAGUAUAUCCCCUACCGCCAAGGAGCGGAGGAGCAGCUGAAACUGACCGUGGGGAACAGGGCUGGUAGGGCCCCGAAAGCCCCAACAACAGCCCCAGUCAUGUCAUCAUCAGUGGCCCUGGUGGAGACACUGUUGGCGCCGGAGUCAGGGCUGGAGAGGGCAUCCUCACCGCGAUACUGCAGCGCUCUCCGGGAGAGAUGCGUGUCACUGUCCGAUGGUAUUGUGACAGUGACACCCACCACAGCCCGAGGCGGCAGCAUCAUCACAUGGCAGCAUCAAGAUGGCAGAAAGAAGCGGCCGGGAUGGAAGUGGAAGGAGAAUCUCGACCAUUUGCUGGAGGUUGAGGUGGAAAUCGAAGUGGAAGCUGACACUGCAGACGCUGCAGGCACCCAGGGCACCACAGGCACGAAUGCUACCAUCCCUCUGCUAGUGGCUCAGGUACCCCAAUCAGCGCCUGCAGCGGCGGUGGUACCUGGGGCUGUACCCUCACCGACUAGCGGGACCUCCCUGUCGUCGUGGACUCUUUCAAAAACUGGAAAAGAGGAGGGAAACAAGCCGUUUCUCCCGUCCAAGCCGCCCUUGCGCCCGCUGCCCUUGGCGAAACGCAACUCCAACGCUCGGCCGGGACAAGACAACAAUGACGUGAAUCGCAACAACAAGUGGGAGGGAGUCCCCGGUUCUGACGGCGAUAGCCGGAGAUGGGGAUUGGGGUCCAAGCCGGCCUCAAGUGGAAGUUGUUGGUCUUCAACUUGUUCUACUUCGCCGUCCCUUCUUCCCCCUCUCCCCCCUCUUUCUUCCCCCGCGUCGAGACCCGGACUUCAGCUUCAAGCGUGCAUAAGCCCAAGAGCUGGCGAGAACGUGGACGAUCCCCAACAGCCCAAGGGAAGCGAGGAUGGGUCAAGUGGUAGCAGCAGCACCAGCAUAUUCAGCAGCAGCGGAACGAGAAGUAAUCACGAGAAGCCCAACAACAGCAGCAAGAGCCUGAGUCGAGACCAACAAUCGCAUAAUAAAGGAGGCAACCAGUACAAAGACAAACUUGAAAAGGACGGCGCCGUCUUCACAUUAGAGAAAAGGGUCCCCUACCCCCAAGUGCCAAAUCCAAUCCCCCCUUCAGGUUCCUCCUCACCAUCCUCAGAGUCGGCGCACCCCUCGCCCACUACCACCACCACCGUUACCACCACGACACAACGGCAGCAUCCCACGCGGAAGCAGACGCAGGCGCAGACGCAGGCGCAGACGCAGAAGCAGACGCACUCGUACCUGGGCCCGGACCUGCAUCUAAAUCUGCACACAAACCACCACGACCCAAACUUUCCAGCCCCAGUGCGGUUCCUUGUCUCGGCCGCUGCUGCGGACUGUGCAGAGGUGGUCGAUGUGGCCAAAGAGACGCGCAGUUGGCUUGAACAAGUUUUCAAAGACACGGUCGACAACACCGCCGCCCGGGAACGGGAACUCACACACGGCCAGGACCAUCACCACUCUUUUUUGCUACCACUGCCGCUUGUCUCUGGGUGGCCCCAUAAUCCGUUCGAUCCUGCAACCGACCACGGCCGUCAACCCGUCAACGGAGCUGAAGAACGACCCCGCUCACCCCGGCACACGCAAGCUGAACAAGCGGCUAGACUCACGGCGCAGAUUAAGGGUCAAGAGGGCCUUGCUCCCGACAAGGGGUCUAACCUAGACGGAACCAAGGGUUCAACCAACAACAACACCACUGCGGCCGACGGCUUGGCUUCACAAACCUCGCAAACCUCGGUGCCACGAUUAAACACGGGAGCCGACAGUCAAACCCUUGCCGAGCGGUGCAAGCUGGAGACCGACAUGAUCAUGGACCACCACCAGUCCUCAGCCAUGCCGCUCUCGCCCGCACCCUCUCACUCUUCUUUCUCCCUUAGAGGCAGAACUCGGGUUUUUGGAAAAUUGCCUUUUCUCUCACGCAGCCGCAAGCCAGAAGGUCCAACCCCCCUCAAGAUCGCCUCUCCGACAUCCCCUUCUCAACAAAAAUCUCCAACUUCUCCAACUUCACCAGUUUCUCCGGCCUCCUCCAUGGGUGCCCCCCUCGACAGAUCCCGGAGUCGGGAUGCGAAGACGUAUGCUGGUUCUGGAGGACGCGGUGUUGUACCAAUUCAAGAUGAGGUGCCAAAGGGUGCCAUCAAUGGCGCUGACAGACGCGUUACCGUUCGCUACAAGGGCGUGACGGUUGAUCUCAAAGUUGACGUUGAUACUACUACUGUGGACAUAAUGCUGGCUUAUGCCGACCAGACAGGCCUUCCCGUCAAUGUCAACACCAGCAUGGUGAUCGAGGCGUACACCCCUUUGGGGCUUGAGCGACGCCUUCGUCGAUAUGAACGUAUCCGUGAUGUCUUAAACUCUUGGGACCAAGACAUGCAGAACGUUCUGAUUAUCCAGACCGAAAACGACCGCAGCGAUGAGAACCUAGACCUCACCAGUGUUCCCCGUGAACACAAGAUACCUACUGGCUUUGUCCUUCCGCUUCAGCACUCGCACAGGCCUGGGAAAUGGACCAAGCGUUAUAUUACUUUGCUCGAAAACGGACAACUGGUUUCGUCCAAGAAACCCGACGCCAAACUGUCAGACAAGGACAUCUUGAGCAUCUGCCAUCUGUCUGAUUUCGACAUCUACACGCCGACCGAAGCACAGAAGCGAAAGGAGCUACGACCACCCAAGAAACAUUGCUACGCCAUCAAAAGCCAGCAGAAAACCACGAUCUUCAUGUCGACAGAUAAUUUCGUCCACUACUUGAGCACCGAAGACGCCGCGGUCGCCCAUCAAUUCUUUGCUCGCGUCCAAGCCUGGCGAAGCUGGUAUCUGGUCAACAAGGUUUUGCAGCUGCAUAAUAAAAAGCAAGAACGGGAUGCAGAGAAACCGCCUCAACCCUCUGCUUCGCCGCACAAACCAAGGAUAGCAGUUAGAGAUGUCAACGUGGAUGGCCACAAAAUCAGAGUUUCAGUCGACGAGUCUCCUUACCCAAUUGGUACAUUCAAGCCCCUAAUCGACCUGCAGCGUUUCGACAAACCCAUCGACGAGUUUGGAAAGGACUGGGAAGCCGACCGAUCGAGAUGGCAAGUCCCGCCGCUACCGCCACUUGAUAAGCUUCAGAAAAUUAGGAGGGCGACGCAAGAAGAGAAAGAAGCACCGUUUGGCUCGAGCGGUUUGCUUGGCAACAUAUAUGAAGAGCGAAAACAGGCUCAGAAGGAAGAGGAGAGGAAGAAGCUGGAGGUUGUCACUGACAACGGCUUUACCGAUCGACCCAGCCUUCUAAAUGGCGGAUUGGUAGCUUCACCAACCGAGGAGACCGGGUAUCACAAUGGGCGGUCGGAACCCAAGGCAUGGCUUCCUUCGGCAGUUGAACAUACUGCCACCCAGCGAAGCACAAGAGCACCCUCUGUUCGUCGCAGUGCUCCAUCUAAUCAGUCGCCGCCAUCCCACUACGCUCCAUCGCAAUACGCACCAUCGCAAUACGCCCCGACCCUGCACGACCGUGGGCGUGAAUCGCAUCGACGCCAGCAACCAAACCAGCAACGAAAGCCCAGCGGGCCUCUUGUGGACCUGACUCCGAAAUUUGUCGAACCACCCCAAUGGUCGCGUGAAGGUCUGGGACGAGGUGUGAGGGCUCCAGAAGGUGUACCUUUGGUCGACAUGGCCACAGCAGCCAAAGUGGCUCCCGGUGCCAAACCUAUCGAACUGCCACCCCGGACACUUGUUAGACGGGAACCCAGCACGCGGGCUCCUGGUUCUCGGCCAGGAACUAGUGGUGGCCAAGCACCGCCAGGUUCUAGCGCAGGAAGUGUCCGGGCUGUUAGUCGGGCUCCCUCCGUGCGGAGCAGGAUGACGAGUAGAGACGGGCCUCCUGGUGGUGGGAGGAGCCUGUCAGGAUCGACCUAUGUACCACCUGUACCCUCUAUACCCGGAUCAAUCCUCGGCAACGGGCCGACCUAUCCACCCCCCUCAUCCAGAGGUAGAGACGCAGAAGGUUACCGUCCCCGUACGUCGUCUGGUGGGCAACAGCCCCAGUCAAAAAAUGGCUCUCCUCCGUCCUCCGGCUAUGAACACGAACGUCAAAGAACCUUUUCUUUGAGAAACCAGCCACACCCAUUGUUGUCGUUCGAUGAGGCCCUAGAUGAACCGCGAGGUCUACUCGGGAACAGCAAUGCCGGCUCCGUGCAACGAGCCCGGAGUGUCCGCGUCGGCAAUUCUUCCGGCCGCGCGAGAAAUGGGAGUAUUUACAAUUACUGA